CGGCGCGCGUUGCGGAGGCUCCAAGAUGGCGACGGCCGCAGUUCCUCCUGCUGCAGCCUCCCCACCUCUGCAGUCCGGCGGCGCAGGCUGCGGGGACUCUCGCUAGAGUCGGCCAAGUUUUGACUAUCCUUGAGUGAUAUAUAAAUAGAGAAGCUGCUGCAGGAUGAAAAGAUGGCAGCUCCGCUUAUUGCACCACCCGGCCCUCAUAGCUUCAAAGCAUUUACCCGUGAAUCCUUGGCUGCUAUUGAAAAACGCAUAGCCGAAGAGAAGAAGAAAAAGCCACCAAAGCCGGACAGUAGCCACAGAGACGAUGACGAAGACAAUAAACCAACACCAAACACUGACCUGGAAGUAGGCAAAAAUGUGCCGUUUAUUUAUGGCGAUGUUCCUGGGAAACAUAUUGCUGUGCCAAUCGAAGACUUAGACCCUUUUUAUUUAAACCAGAAAACCUUUAUAGUACUAAACAGAGGAAAAACAAUCUUCAGAUUUAGUGCCAAUCCUGCCUUGUAUAUUUUAAGUCCUUUUAACCCAUUAAGGAAAAUAGCUAUUAAAAUUUUGAUACAUUCAGUAUUUAGCAUGAUCAUUAUGUGCACUAUUUUGACCAACUGCGUAUUCAUGACUUUUAGUAAUCCCCCAGACUGGUCGAAACAAGUGGAGUACACUUUCACUGGAAUUUAUACAUUUGAAUCACUUGUGAAAAUCAUUGCAAGAGGUUUUUGUAUAGACAGCUUUACGUUUUUGAGGGACCCAUGGAACUGGUUAGAUUUCAGCGUCAUUAUGAUGGCAUAUGUGACAGAGUUUGUGGACCUUGGGAAUGUCUCAGCGCUGAGAACAUUCAGAGUUCUCCGAGCUUUGAAAACUAUCUCUGUCAUUCCAGGUCUGAAGACCAUUGUGGGUGCCCUUAUUCAGUCUGUGAAGAAGUUGUCAGAUGUCAUGAUUUUGACGGUGUUUUGCCUCAGUGUCUUUGCUUUAAUCGGUCUACAGCUUUUCAUGGGUCAUUUAAGGCGGAAGUGUGUUGUUUGGCCAAUCAACAUGGACGAGCAAUACUUGGCCAAUGGCAGCAGAGGCUUUGACUUUGACGAAUAUAUAAACAAUGACACAAACUUUUAUAAAGUCCAUGGAGCCAUUGAUCCAAUACUGUGUGGUAAUAGCACAGAUGCGGGGCAAUGUCCAGAAGGAUACACAUGUAUGAAAGCAGGGAGGAACCCAAACUAUGGCUACACAAACUUUGAUACCUUUAGUUGGGCUUUUUUAGCCUUAUUUCGCCUUAUGACUCAGGAUUUUUGGGAAAACUUGUACCAAUUGACACUACGUGCUUCUGGAAAAACAUACAUGAUCUUCUUUGUGUUGGUCAUCUUCGUUGGCUCAUUUUAUUUGGUGAAUUUGAUUCUGGCUGUGGUGGCUAUGGCUUAUGAAGAACAGAAUCAAGCAACUCUUGAGGAAGCAGAGCAGAAGGAAAAUGAAUUCAAAGCAAUGCUGGAGCAGCUGAAGAGAAUUCAAGAAGAGCAGGCAGCAGCUAUGGCUACCUCAGCUGGCACUGUUACUGAAGACGCUGUGGAAGAUGAAGAAGGGGAUGCUCGGAUGUCUCAGACAUCGUCAGAACUUUCAAAGUUGAGUACUAAGAGCGCAAAAGAAAAAAGAAACCGCAGAAGGAAGAAGAGACAGAAAGAACUGUCAGAAGGGGAAGAGAAAGGAGACUCUGAAAAAGUGUACAAAUCGGAAUCAGAGGAUGGUAUAAAAAGAAAAGGGUUUUGGUACCCUGACAAUAGGCUGGGACGAAAGUUUUCAAUUAUGGAUCAGUCUCUUCUCAGCAUCCCAGGUUCUCCGUAUCUGUCCAGACACAACAGCAAGAGCAGCAUCUUCAGUUUUCGGAGAAGUUUCAGAGAUCCAGUCUCUGAAAAUGAGUUUGCAGAUGAUGAACACAGUACAGUGGAAGAAAGUGAAGGAAGACGAGACUCCUUGUUCAUUCCAGUCAGGCACAAUCGGAGGAAUAGCUAUAACAGUGGGUACAGCCAGGGCAGCAGAUCCUCUCGCAUCUUUCCAAACCUGCGAAGGAACGUUAAAAGAAACAGCACAGUGGAUUGUAAUGGCGUGGUGUCAUUAAUUGGUGGUCCGGGUGCCAAAAUCCCUGCUGGACGUCUUCUGCCUGAGGUGAAAAUAGAUAAGGCAGCUACUGAUGACAGCCCUACAUCAGAGAUGGAAAUCAAAAAGAAGCCUUCUGGGUCUCUCCGAGUGUCUAUGGAUCAACUGCAUGCAUCAUUUGGGAAAAAGAAUAGAGCCAAUAGUCUCCUGAGUGUCCUGACGCAUACUCUGGUGGAAGAACUGGAAGAAUCCCAGAGGAAGUGUCCACCUUGGUGGUACAAAUUUGCAGACACAUAUUUGAUAUGGACGUGUUGCCCUUUGUGGAUACGAAUCAAGACCAUAGUAAACAUGAUUGUAAUGGAUCCCUUUGUGGAUUUGACCAUAACCAUUUGCAUAGUCCUUAACACUUUGUUCAUGGCCAUGGAGCACUACCCUAUGACUGAACAGUUUGAAGGAGUUUUGUAUGUAGGAAAUCUGGUUUUUACCGGUAUUUUUACAGCAGAAAUGUUUUUAAAGUUGGUAGCAAUGGAUCCGUACUAUUAUUUUCAGGAAGGCUGGAAUAUUUUCGAUAGCUUUAUUGUAUCUCUCAGUUUAAUGGAGUUGGGUCUUCAAGGUGUCGAAGGCCUGUCUGUAUUGCGAUCUUUCCGAUUGCUGAGAGUCUUCAAGCUAGCCAAAUCCUGGCCCACGCUGAACAUGCUGAUUAAAAUCAUUGGAAACUCUGUUGGUGCAUUGGGCAACCUGACAGUAGUGCUGGCCAUCAUCGUCUUCAUUUUUGCUGUGGUGGGGAUGCAGUUAUUUGGCAAAAAUUACAAGGAUUGUGUCUGCAAAAUAAAUCCAGACUGUGUGCUACCACGCUGGCACAUGAAUGAUUUUUUUCAUUCUUUCCUUAUCGUUUUUCGAGUGUUGUGUGGAGAGUGGAUUGAAACCAUGUGGGACUGCAUGGAGGUCGCAGGACAGGCUAUGUGUCUGGUUGUCUUCAUGAUGGUGAUGGUUAUUGGAAACUUAGUGGUCCUGAAUCUGUUCCUUGCUUUGUUACUCAGCUCAUUCAGUGCAGACAAUCUGGCUGCCACUGAUGAUGACGGAGAAAUGAACAACCUUCAAAUUUCAGUCAUUCGCAUUAAAAAAGGCAUAGCUUGGAUUAAACUCAAAGUGCACAACUUUAUACAAAAAUACUUUAAGAAGAAAGAUGCCGAUGAAAAGCCUUUAGAUGACAUGUAUGAAAAAAAACACUGCUUAGUAAAUCACGCCGGGGUGGAUAUCAAUCGAGAUAUGGAAUAUCAGAAGAACGGCAAUGGCACUACCAGUGGUAUAGGAAGCAGUAUGGAGAAAUAUGUUAUAGACGAGGACCACAUGUCAUUCAUAAAUAACCCUAACCUCACUGUCAAAGUGCCGAUUGCAGUGGGAGAAUCUGAUUUUGAGAAUCUUAAUACUGAGGAUUUUAGCAGUGUAUCUGAUGAAGAAGGAAGCAAAGAUAAACUUGAUGACACCAGUUCUUCAGAAGGUAGCACCAUUGACAUAAAGCCAGAAGCAGAAGAAGUUCCCGUAGAACAGCCAGAGGAAUACCUGGAUCCCGAUAACUGCUUUACAGAAGGUUGCGUGGCACGUUUCAAGUGUUGUCAAGUCAGUGUAGAAGAAGGGAUUGGAAAGAGCUGGUGGACCCUGAGGAAAACCUGUUUCCUUAUAGUAGAGCACAACUGGUUUGAAACCUUUAUUAUCUUCAUGAUCUUGAUGAGCUCCGGGGCUUUGGCCUUUGAAGAUAUCUACAUAGAACAACGCAAGACCAUUCGAACAGUCCUCGAGUAUGCAGAUAAGGUUUUCACUUACAUUUUCAUCCUGGAAAUGUUACUGAAGUGGCUGGCCUAUGGAUUUGUCAAGUUCUUCACGAACGCCUGGUGCUGGCUUGACUUCCUCAUUGUUGAUGUGUCUUUAGUAAGCCUUGUAGCUAAUGCCUUGGGCUACUCGGAACUAGGUGCCAUUAAGUCCCUUAGGACCUUAAGAGCUUUGAGACCCCUAAGAGCCUUGUCACGAUUUGAAGGGAUGAGGGUUGUAGUCAACGCUUUGGUUGGUGCAAUUCCUUCCAUUAUGAAUGUCUUGCUGGUCUGCCUUAUAUUCUGGCUGAUUUUUAGUAUCAUGGGGGUCAACUUGUUUGCUGGUAAAUACUACUACUGUUACAACGAGACAGCAGAAGAAUACUUCCCAAUAGAUGUAGUAAACAACAAGACAGACUGUGAGAAUCUUAUAUACCAAAACUACACAGAAGUCAGAUGGAAAAAUGUGAAAAUCAACUUUGACAAUGUUGGGGCUGGAUACCUUGCCUUGCUUCAAGUAGCAACAUUUAAGGGGUGGAUGGACAUUAUGUAUGCAGCAGUGGACUCCAGAAGGGUCACAGAACAGCCAACAUAUGAAGACAACAUCUACAUGUACAUUUAUUUUGUAAUUUUUAUCAUCUUUGGCUCUUUUUUUACCCUUAAUUUAUUCAUUGGUGUCAUCAUUGACAACUUCAAUCAACAGAAGAAAAAGUUCGGAGGUCAGGAUAUCUUCAUGACAGAGGAACAGAAAAAAUAUUAUAAUGCUAUGAAAAAAUUGGGCUCCAAGAAACCACAGAAGCCUAUACCUAGGCCAUUGAAUAUAUUUCAAGGUGCCAUCUUUGAUUUGAUCACACAACAAGCAUUUGAUAUACUCAUCAUGAUCCUCAUUUGUCUCAACAUGGUCACCAUGAUGGUGGAAACAGACGAUCAGAGCAAAUAUAAAGAGAAUGUCCUGUACUGGGUUAAUUUAGUUUUCAUUUGCUUUUUUACCACGGAGUGUGUUCUGAAACUGUGUGCCUUGCGUCAUUUUUACUUCACCAUUGGAUGGAACAUUUUUGACUUUGUUGUUGUAAUUCUGUCUAUCGUUGGUAUGUUCCUGGCAGACCUGAUUGAAAAAUACUUUGUCUCCCCAACACUCUUCAGAGUCAUCCGCUUGGCUCGUAUUGGCCGUAUACUUCGCUUAAUCAAAAGUGCCAAAGGAAUACGAACCCUGCUUUUUGCCUUAAUGAUGUCAUUGCCGGCCUUGUUUAAUAUUGGCCUGCUUUUGUUUCUUGUUAUGUUCAUUUUUUCCAUAUUUGGAAUGUCUAACUUUGCCUAUGUCAAGAAAGAAGGAGGGAUAGAUGACAUGUUCAACUUUGAGACCUUUGGCAAUAGCAUGAUCUGCUUAUUUAUGAUUACUACCUCAGCAGGCUGGGACGGCUUGUUGUUGCCCAUCUUAAAUCGUCCCCCAGAUUGCGAUCCUAAAAAAGAGAACCCAGGAAGUCCAAUGCAAGGUGAUUGUGGAAACCCCUCCGUAGGGAUAUUUUUCUUUGUCAGUUAUAUAAUCAUAUCCUUUCUCAUAGUGGUGAACAUGUACAUUGCUAUCAUCCUAGAAAAUUUUAGCGUGGCUACGGAAGAGAGUGCAGAUCCUUUAAGUGAGGAUGAUUUUGAAACAUUUUACGAAAUUUGGGAGAAAUUUGACCCUGACGCCACUCAGUUCAUUCAGUUCAGCAAACUCCCAGAUUUUGCGGAUGCUUUGGAACAUCCGCUGAGAGUCCCAAAGCCAAACACUAUAGAACUAAUUGCCAUGGAUUUGCCUAUGGUGAGCGGGGACAGAAUUCACUGUCUGGACAUCCUCUUUGCCUUCACCAAACGUGUACUUGGAGAGAGUGGUGAGCUUGAUAUAUUGCGGCAGCAGAUGGAAGAGCGCUUUGUAGCUUCCAACCCUUCAAAAGUGUCUUAUGAGCCCAUCACUACAACGCUCAGACGCAAACAAGAGGACGUAUCCGCUGUUGUUAUUCAGCAGGCGUACAGACACCACUUAUUAAAGCGAGGAUUUGUUUGUAGAAAGCCUUCUUCUACCAAAAUGGAGAACGGAGGAACAAAUAUGGACAGGAAAGAAGGCACCCCUUCUACCGCAUCACUCCCAUCAUAUGACAGUGUAACUAAACCUGAGAAGGAAAAACAAGAAAGAAUACAAGAGGCAAUUAGAGAGAGAGCAAAAAAACAAAAACAAGUCAGGGAAUCCAAGUGUUGAGAAAAACUGUUAACUUUUCAAAUUUGCAAGCAAAGAUUGUUUACAAAUGUAAUAAAUAUAUCAAUGCAGAUCAGCAAUGGAGAUACUUACCUAAAGAUCAGUACCAAACAAUCUGCUUGUUGUGACAUUGUUGCAUUUUACUGCAUGGCAGUGACACACCACCUGGUUAAAAGACUAUUACAAGGAUGUUAUAUUGUUGGGCAGGUGGAUACUGCAUGUCUCCCAUCAAUCGAUGCAACUUAGGAGAAACAACCAGAGCUGUAAGGAAUAGUGCAAUUCCAGAUCAGCCCAAAGGAGUUUAUUUUCUCAUAUUAUUCUUAUUAUUAUUAUUAUUCCGAAAAAACAAAAAAGCACCACUUAGGGGUUUGAUUAUUCAUGCAAAACUAUAUUUGCAAUGUUACAUUAGUCAAGCAGCAAAACAAGACAAAAAAAAGAAAAAUAUCUGGCUACAAAAAAAAAAAAAAUCACAAAAAAUAAUCACAAAAAAACCCAAACAUUAUGCCCAUGCUGCAUAAUUGUCACAGUUUAUUUCAUAUAUCUGCAUAAUUUUUCUACACGGGCUUCAUGUGAUUGGGGGAAAUGGGGGAAAUCAGGUUAUUCUUCGGGCUAAGGGGCAUUUGCUCAGGCCGAUUCCAAAAAGAAAAAAAAAUCAAAUAAAUUGUGCUCGUUCAAUGCAUAGAAAUGACUUGCAUGAUGGCAUGCUGUGAUCAGGAAUCAUGCAUGAAGACUCAUAAAACACAAAACAUCAGUACUCUGUCCACUGCAGUGGCUAAGCCAUAGGUUUGGGGCACGCCGCUGAAUACUGAACACUUUAUCUGGAGGCAACCUAGUAUUAAUAUAUAUAUACCCUUCACCAGUAUUUACCAAAUCUUCAAACUUUUACACGUCAUGGCUAGGGAUUAAAGCAAGACAGAACAAUUUGUGUAUGUUUAUUACAGUUCUUUUAAAACGAUGUCACUUUUGCACAUACUACAUACAAAAUGAGAACUACUAGUUGCUGCUUGAGGUUUCCUUUCCUGGGGUACAAUAAAUAUUAAAAAGAAAAAAAAAAGAGAAGAAUAUAGCUUCUAAUACUAUGUCACUGUAAACCAAAAUCUAGGGCUUAUGAAAUUCUGCUUUUGUAUUUUGCAAUGUUUUUAGUCUCCAUUCUACAAAGGGCAUAUAUUUAGCAGAUGCAAAGCUGCAAUAUUUAGAGACUCCUUUUAAGUGGCAGAAUUGAAUCAGUUUGCAUUGGGUAGGAAUCGGUACAGAUAUGGAGAGGGCUUGUGAAGUAGGUCAUUUUGUUUCCCUUGGGGCAUUUCACAGCUUAGCACUUUAUAUGGCAUGUUUGAUCACUGUUUUUGUCAUAACAUUUUUUUAUUUUUGAAUAAAUAAUGAUCUGGUACCAUCUUCAUCAUGGCAACAACGCCCGUUGAAUUUUAGUGCGAAUGCAAAUUAUGAUGGCUUUCACUUCCUAAAGUCUCUGUGCAUUAAAACAAUGCACCUCCCCCACCGGUACUGCACUGAGACACUUUUUUCCACCAAUUGUGUAAGCUUUUCUUACUCGUUGUGUGCAUCGUCAUCUGUUGAAAUGAUCUGUAUGUACCUUCACUUGUUCAUAAAGUGUUUUUCUUCAAUUAACUUUUGUCCUUUCAGCCUUCGGCAUAUAUAUUCCAUUUUUUUGGAAGGGUAACUUCAUUUUUAAUUUUUUUUUUGGUUCUUGGUUAAUGUUUUUGGAGAGAACACCUCGUCGGUGCUGCAGUAAAAUUAUGCAAAAAAUGCAUGCAGUAUUUUGUUCACUAGCUGAUGCUGAUGAGGAGUUUUUUUUUUUGGCUUAAAUGUAGGAUAUAAAGAAGGACAUUCUCGGUGUGGACCAAAAAUAACGCCUGAUAUUUAGCCAACUCGCAGAAUGCAUGAGAUGUCAUGUCGUCCAUUGUCAUUUGGUAUCAGACCAUAACCAACUUCUCCAUUAUAUUGUAUUUCACUGAAAAUCAUUACUUCUGUGCCAAGUGGAACUUAGUUUCCAAAGCAGUGGCCUAAGUGAAGCUGGUUAGCAUGGAAAAGGGAAUCUAGACUACAGAACAAUUUAUAACUUGAUAUAGCAUUUUUUUUCCAUUUACAGCUACAAUAGGAUGUAUUAUAAUAAACCAAUGCCAUACAUAUGUACAGGCUAUGUUGUAAACAGCACAAGAAGCUGAAAAGUGUGGUUCAA